GGCUGAUGGGUAACGUAGUUCACGGCAGGUUGUUAGAACUUAGGUUAUGUGAACAUUGGCAAGACAUAAGACUACAGCUCCCAACACAAAUAAGAGAGCGCCCAACGAACAUUUGUUUUUAGCUUAGCUGAGGCACACGAGUGACAUUCUAACCGAGCGAGGGAAAAUAAGUUCAAGCUUAUUUUGAAUUAUUUAAACACUCUUGCAAACGUCUUGCACGACCCCAUAUUUCUGGAGUGGAGCUGCUGCCAUGCCGGUGCACCGGGACCGGGAGAAGAAGGAGAGCACGGCUGAGGAGAUGGAGGUGGAGGAGCACGAGCAGGAGGCGUCCAGCUCCGAGGAGGAGGACUCCGACACUUCCUCCGUCUCCGAGGAUGGAGACAGCUCUGAAAUGGACGAGGAGGACUGUGAGCGGAGGAGGACGGAGUGUUUGGAUGAAAUGACCAACCUGGAGAAACAGUUCACCGAUCUCAAAGACCAGCUGUAUCAUGAGCGCCUCAGUCAGGUGAACAGCAAGCUGACGGAGGUGGAGGCCGGCAGGGCGGCAGAGUAUCUGGAGCCUCUGGCCGUGCUGCUGGAGAACAUGCAGGUCCGCACCAAGGUGGCAGGCAUCUACAGAGAGCUGUGUCUGGAGUCUGUGAAAAACAAGUAUGAAUGUGAGAUCCAGGCAGCGUGCCAGCACUGGGAGAGUGAGAAGCUGCUGCUGUUGGACACCGUGCAGAGUGAACUGGAGGAGAAAAUCCGCAGACUGGAGGAAGACAGACACAGCAUAGACAUCACAUCAGAGUUGUGGAAUGACGAGCUGUCGGGAAGGAAGAAGAAGAGAGACGCUCUGAGUCCAGACAAGAAGAGGAGGAGACCUUCAGUGGUGUCUGGCCCAUAUAUAGUUUACAUGCUCCCUGACCUGGACAUCCUGGAGGACUGGACCGCCAUCAGAAAGGCCGUGGCCACGCUGGGGCCGCACAGAGGGAAGUCCGACUCUGACAGCCCCGUGUUCCCAUUCAGACAAGACAGAAACAGGCCCAUUCUCAACUGCUGAAGAGCACACACACCAAACACACACUUAACAAAGCACACCAAACAGGAAUGCACCAGAUAUAAGGUACAGUAAUGUAUCCAUUGUAACAGUCAAUUGGCUUUACUGCUGUUGGCGGGGUAGCAGCAACAUUUCUUUUAGCCACCUGGACGCCACAUUUAGACUAUUUUCACCGUUUGUCAACUCUUUCCGGAACUGAAGACGUUUCGCUUGCUGAUCAAAGCCACAGGGACAAAAAAGCUCAUUUUACUGCGGGGUUUCCUCAGAUAUUAUUCCCAAGAAUAACACAAACAAGCAAAUGGUUGGAGACAACAUUAGACAAACAACUAUUUAGUUUUUCUUGCUCAUAUCACUGUUUCGAUGGAGUCUGGUGGCUUUGAAGACGGCAUAAAGGGAUAUAACGACUACAGUUGGAAAAGGCAGUGAAAAUAUUCCAAAUAUAGCGUACAGUAGGGGUAAGUUCCUCCGCUUCAGAGUGAAGUAUCCCUGUUAAUAUAUCACAUGGACAGAGUUCAUUCCUCAAACAUGACGGAGCUCAUAGCUGGACCUUACCCACAAUCCUCUGCACUCCUUAGCGAACAGCGACACCAGUCGGUAAGCUGCCUCUCGUGCCAACAGGCAAACACAAUAAAGACUCAGGGUUUGAAUCCCUUUUUCAGGACAACAGGAAGAGGAGCAUCGUUUCCACUCAUAUUUCAUUUACCGGUUCUUCAUUAUCGGAGGAAAGAGACGGAAACACUGAAACUGUUCACCACAUGGUGAGGCUUCAGAAAUGACUGUGACCCAGGUUUCAGUUUUCUUUUCAAGGUGUGUUCACAACGAGAGUGAAUGUGAUCAAAGUCUUUUUUACAAUGUGUUUGACAUCUAACAUCUCUGACAUGAACGCCAUUCAACACACGCACCACGAGUCACAUGGUUUACACCAGCUGUCCAAGAGCCUUUAAGAAUAUCACAUUUUUACUUUGGGAUAAUGGAGCGUUUAUACAGUAGAGGAGUAGGACUCUGAAUUGAGUUAGGAUCAGAAGUCUAAGAGAAAAGUCUAACUUCAUCAGAUCACAAUGUGGCCAUAGUCGUCCUCUGUACUUUUAUAACGUUUCUUUUCACAUGAUCCAGAUGUUUGCAAGUUAUUGUAAACAAUGUGGGAUUUGUAACGCUAAACCUAGAGGGUGAUUGUGGAAGCUUCCGGCGCCAUAAUAGGAAACACCGGUGGUUAAUUGUGCCAUUCAAACCUUUUUUUACGUGGAUCAGUUUAAAUGACUUGUAUGAGACUUAUUACGUUGUUGUUUUUCUAAUUUGUGUACCGUUUUGCACCCAGCACUCCAUAGUGCCUACUCUUCACGUUGAAUUGAUUGCAUGUUGCUUUGUGACGCCUUGGUUGCGGUGAUUGUGGUCGAGACAAAUGACUAAUUAGUGAGAUCAAUAGUUAAAAUGAAAAUAAGGCGAUACAUAUACAAAAUAAUGUGCAUACGUUAGCCAAGACAGACUUAGUGAGUACAUUAAGAAAGAAAAAAUAAAGAUUUAUAUGACUUUUGUUACCUAGGAAGUCACAAUACCACAAACUGAAUAACCAAUGAAAGUGGACCUGUUUUUCUGGGGGCUUUGAAGGGCGUUCUGAUGCAGCGAGGUAAAGCAGUGUAAUAUACAUAGCAUACACUCAGACUGAUAUGACAGCCUUUAAGGACUGCUCAUUGCAAACCAGGGAUGAAAAAGCGACGAGUCAUGCUAACAAAAUCAUUUUGGAACUUGAGUGACAAAUGAAAUAAAAUUGAAAGGAUUUGAAAGUUGGUAUUCACAGGCAACUACCUCCUCUCUUCAAACGUCACGUGUGCAUUAUCGCUCAUAAACGUUCAAACGCUUCCAUCACUAGGACCAUACUGAGUCUUUACAUACAGCCCACGGUUUAGAACGGAGUCUGAACAAACUGCCAUGUAUUCAUAUUCUUUUCUUAAACAAGUUUCUGAACAUUAAGUUGUUGGGGAUGUUCAAAUCAAAAAACGAUUUUCUUUUUGACUGUUAAUGUUAAAUAUUGUGUCAGGUAUAUUUGUGUUGAUUGUGUGGGUUUUACAAUAAAAGUUGUUUUAUAAAUA